AUGACUGAGGGUCCGCAGAACGCCGGUAUCGGUGCCGUUGAGAAUGGCUUGCAUACUGCUCACCAACUCGACGAUGAUGAUGGAGCCAAGCACGACAGUAUCUCAGUGAAGCAUAUUGAGGUUACAAGCCAAGACAGUUACGGAGACAAAUUACGCGUGGAGCAUAUCCAUGGGCGAAGGUUAUAUCUGGCCUUCCUUGGCUGGCUAAUGACCGAGUUCAUGGGCUCAAUGGGAGGCAAUAUGUUGGCCCCGGCCAUACCAGUGAUAGCGUCCAACUUCAACGCUUUUGGCCAGCUCGGGUGGAUAAGUGGGGCCUUCUAUAUGACACAAUGCGGGUCUAUGCUUUUGUUCGGACAGUGUUCUGAGCUUUUCGAUGCAAAGUAUGUCCUGAUAGUGGCUAUACUCUUCAACAUGCUUGGCUCCGCUAUCUCUGGAGGAGCUAGUGACGUUACAUCACUGAUAGUUGGUCGUGCGGUGGCUGGAAUCGGCUCUGCUGGGUGCUAUAUCGCCGUUCAGGCCCUUGUCGCAUAUCUUGUCGAUCUCAAAUAUCGCGCCCUCAUUUUUGGACUCUUUGGACUCCAAAAUGUCAUUGCCGUCACUGCUGGCCCCAUCUCAGCUGGUGCCUUCUCGGACUCGGGCUUGUGGCGUAUGUGCUUUCUUAUCGUUCUCCCGCUUGGCACAGUCGCUAUCAUUCUCAACCUUAUUGUUAUGCCAUCUGUCCCCCCACUUCCACUCACUGAGGAAAUGGAACAAAGACUACAGAAGCAAAUCGGCGGGUUUCCCAGCUGCACACGAUUCGUGAAGGAAAGAGAAUGGGCCAAGCGAGUCUUGUUAGCUGACUGGCUGGGUUUCAUCCUUGCUACUGGCAGUCUGGUGUGUUUCGUCUUGGCGAUGCAGUGGGGAGGCUCCGAGUAUGCAUGGUCCAGCUCGCAUGUCAUUGGCGUCUUUGUCGGAUUUGUUGCCAUUGGAGCUGCUUUCUUCUUUGUGCAGUCUGUCGUUGCCUGGCCGCUCAUUCCACUACGAGUUCUACGUAACCGGACAGUGGUGGGUAGCUGCGUUAUGGCGCUGUCACAAUUCAUGUGCAAUCUUUUUGCUGCUACCUUCCUUUCCGUCAUAUACGAGGCUGGGUAUGGUUACAGCUCUCUCCGUGCUGGCCUUCAUGUUAUACCCUACUUCACAGUCAUUAUCGGGGCACAGCUUGCCGAGGGUGUUGUUCUGGCCUGGACAAAAAGGUACUGGUACUGGGGCUGGACAAGCCCCAUGAUUAUCGCUGUGGGUGGUGGCCUCUUAUACACCAUCAACUCAAGCACCAGCACUGCCCGGCUUAUCGGGUACCAGGUCAUCUACGGGCUGGGUAUUGGCCUUACACAGGGCAUUCCUAUUGUCGCGGUUCAAGCUGAUAGCAAGGAGCGAGAUAUAGCACAAGCCCUGGCGACCCUUGCGUUCACUCAGUUAUUUGGAGGAACAUGUGGACCGGUGAUCGGGAGCGCAGUUCUCGACGAGCAUUUAAGGGCCAACUUGAAGGAGAGAGACGUACCUGCCAGCACGAUUGCCGAAGUUAUCUCGUCAGUCAACAUAAUCAAGACGCUCUAA